CAAAUGUGAGGCAGAACUUCCUCAUUAGGGGAAAGACAUUUGCUUAAAAUGAAUGUUAAGUAACAAGGAAAAAAUUCCCUCUUUUUAAGAAGUGAGGUUUGGGAAAGCAUGGAAGAGCCAACAGUAGGGAAUCUCUCUGUACAAACCCCCUCUGACUGCAUUAGGACAAAGGCUGCAAAGCAGUGAAACAGGAUUGAAGAUAUCUUGACUAGGCUUUGGUUUCCUGGAGAAAACUCCUUCUUCCUGAGUCAUGCAGUAACCACAGGACUGAAGGACAGAAGUGAGGAAGGAUAUUUGCAUGUUUUCUUUCUCUUUUGCACGGCUUCAGCCAUUUGGGGAAUGCACCUUUCACAGGCCACAGACUGCAAGGGAGGUUCCCAUUAACCCAGUGCAAAUCCAUUUAUAUUCAGCUGUCUUUGCUUCCUCCUUAGCUCCUUACAGAAUGGGAGCUCUAUUGCAACACCAGCAAUUGAACAAAGCAGGGCUCAGCACUGGACACCCAGAGCAGAGAGAGUUCUGUAAGGCAUCAAUUCAAAUCUAACUUCUACAUCAAAGUACAGGUGUAGCAGAGCUGCUGACCACACAGAAGGCACGUGCUGCCAGCAUCAUGGAGAGCACUUGUUUGGUUUCACAUGUAAUGUCCUGCCCAAAAUAACCAGAGAAAAACUGUACUGUUGUAAAUGACUUAUUGUACCAACCCCUCGCACAUCCAGUCAUUUAUGCUGCCAUCCUGCAAGAUUAUAGACUGCGGUUCAAAAUCCAAACCGUGAAAAAAAAAACCAUGAAAUGCUCCAUAAAUUCUCCCACAAUCUAGUUCCCAUGGAAAACAACUAAAAUCUUGUUUCUACCUGCUAAUAGUGGCCAUGGGAUUGAGUACACAUCAGUUGUAUCAGUCACAAAAACUGAAAAUCCUGCAAAAUGAAUUUUCUAAGAUCUAAACUGUACUUGGUCUUAUGAAUAUGUUUUGCUACAAUGAUCAAAUCAUCAAAAGACUACUAGAAAGCAAAAAUUCUGUGUUGAGGUAGGCCCCAGCCAGUGCAAGGGACCAAACCACUGCAGUGAGUCAAGUGUGCUGGGGUCUCAGCAGGAAACAACCCAGACAGGAUGGCUUUGCCUCACACAGGAACCAUUCUAGAGAACUUCAUGUGUGCAUCAACCCUCCAAACCACAACCCUCUGUACACUAAAACCAUGUGAACCCACAGGACAAGAGCAAGGCAGACAUAUUCUCCUUAACCAGCAACUAGGAACUCCUCAGGCAAGAUUCACUACAGAUCAGCCAGUUCCCUUUGAAAGAGGUCUGCAAUGCUUUUUCAACUCCUGUACUGGCCUGCAAGAUAUAUAAAGGUCUGGGAUGCUUUUGGUUCAGAUGUGUGAAUGGACAGGCAUGGGAGUCCUUGCCUAUCUUAUUAGAUUUUCUGUCUCACUUCAAAAUGAACUGGAAUGUGAUAGCAAAAGAGAUGUACAAGCAAGCAGUUUCAAAGGGAGGUUAUAAUUUGUAGCUGAGCAAGUUGUGAUAUACUGCAAUAAAUGUUAAGCAGCACCUUUGGUGUCACCCAGGGAAGGAGGAUUGUUACUGCACUGCCACAGACUGACAGGAAAAGCCACCUCCUUCCUUACAUCUCAGGCAGGGCAUUUCCUGAUGCAUCCCAGCUUCAGGCAAAGGCUGGUUUCCCUCACUCCGAGCAGCGGGACAGAUGGAUGGGCUCUGCCUGCAUGAGCCCCUUCCACAGAAUCAGCAUCACGGCAUGGGUCAGCUUGGAAGGGACCACAGCGGCUCAGCUCUUCAACCUCCUUGCUCAAGCAGGGUCGUUCCAGAGUGCAGGGCACAGGAUGGCAUCCAGACAGUCCUUGAACAUCUUCAGUGCGGGAAACCCCACACCCCCUCUGGGCAAUCUGUUCCAGUGCUCGGUCACUGCACAGGAAAGCUGCUCUUCCUCAUGUUCAGGUGGAACGUCCUGGAUCAGUUUCUGCCCGCUGUCUCUUGUUCUAUUGCUUGGCACCAUGAGCAGAGCUCCAUCCUCUUGACGCCUCCCUCUCGGUAUUUCUACAUGGAUGAGGUCCCGUCUCAGUGUCUCCUCUCGAGGCCGAACAGGCCCAGCUCCCUCACAGGGUCCGCCCCGGUGCCGUGCUCGGCUCCGCCGCUCUCCCCGCGCUCCGGCCCCGCCGCCCCGGCCGUGACGCGCCCGGCCCGCGCCAAUGGCGGCGGCGCUCGGGGCCGCUGUGGGCGCGGCGCUCCCCGCCGGCCGCGGCUCCGCGGGGCCGCCCUGCCGGGGCGCGGCGGCUCCUUCCGCCGGGAGCGGCGCCGGGCGGCGGGAGGCAGAUAUGGCCAUGCCCAAUUCCCUCUUGUGGGCUGUUGACAUUUUUGGGAGGGUUUACACUCUCUCUACUGUUGGCCAGUACUGGGAGCUCUGCAAGGACACACAGCUGGAGUUCAAACGGGUCUCUGCUGUCAAACAGUGCUGCUGGGGAAUAGCCUGUGACCAUCAGGUGUACACCUACGUGUUCUCAGGAGAUGUUCCCAUCAGAUACCAGGAGGAAACCUAUGAGAACCAGCGCUGGAAUCCUGUUGGUGGCUUUUGUGAGAAAUUACUGCCCAGUGACCGCUGGCAGUGGAGUGAUGUGAGCGGGCUAAAACACCAGCAGCUCGAUAGUUUCACACUGCCUUCACCACACUGGGAGUGGGAGUCUGACUGGUAUGUGGAUGAAAAUAUUGGAGGGGAACCAACAGAGAAAGGGGGCUGGACCUAUGCCAUAGACUUCCCCAGCACCUACACGAAGGAUAAGAGAUGGAAUUCUUGUGUCAGACGCAGGAGAUGGAUCAGAUACAGGAGAUACAAAUCACGGGACAUUUGGGCAAAGAUUGUGUCCCACGAUGAACCAGACCAGCUGCCAGACCCCUUCAAUGACAUCUCCAUCGGGGGAUGGGAGAUCACGGACGAGCCGCUCGGACGCCUCUCAGUGUGGGCAGUUUCUUUGCAAGGAAGGUUAUGGUACAGAGAAAAUGUCUGCCACCACAAUCCAGAAGGUUCCACGUGGUCCUUAGUCACCACUCCUGGUGAAGUUGUACAGAUCAGCUGUGGACCCUACGACCUCCUUUGGGCAACUCUUUGGGAAGGGCAAGCUAUUGUGAGAGAAGGAAUUGAUAGGAAUAACCCUCAAGGAAUUUCCUGGAGUAUUGUGGAGUCUCCAAGCUCUGAAAAUGGAAUUAUGCACGUCUCCGUGGGUGUUGAUGUAGUGUGGUGUGUUACAAAGGAUAGAAAAGUGUGGUUUAGAAGAGGAGUGAACUCACAUAAUCCUUGUGGGACAAGCUGGAUUGAAAUGGUUGGAGAAAUGAUGAUGGUAACUGUGGGCUUAAACAACCAGGUCUGGGGAAUUGGCUGCGAUGACAGAGCCAUUUAUUUUCGUCAAGGGGUCACACCAAGUGAGCUCAGUGGGAAGACAUGGAAGGCAAUUGUGUCUGGCAGAGAGAGUGACAGAUCUCAGACUGGGAGCUCAACAAGUCUGCUCAGUGCUGGCUGUUUCUUUACUGAUGAUAUUCAGAACCAAACAAGCGCGGUCAUUCAGGGUGAUGCAGAUCCUUCCUCUGAUACAGAGCUCCCCGGCGUGCCCGCCAGCCCUGCCAGCACUGCCCUGCCGGGAGCUGCAGCUGCUGGGAAUGGCCCAGCCAGCCCGGCUGAAACAUCUGCACAGCUCCCUGUGGAUGCCCUGCACUCUGAGCAAGGAGAAGCCACUGCUGCUCCAGCUGCUAAUGAGAAAGAUAACCUUGAAAUGAAUAAAUCUCCUGGAAACCCAAAUCCUUCUGCAGAACUGCAGUGGAUCAACAUUGACUUGAAGGAGGCUCAGAAGCAUCCGGUGCUCUCUGUCAGCAGCUUUGCAGACACAUCCAGCCUCUCCUCCCUGGGCGUGUUCUCGGUGGGAGCUGAAGACCAGUACGGAGCCGAUGAGCACCCGCUGUGGGCCUGGGUGUCUGGGGGAGGCUGUCUGGUAGAUCUGCACAGCCCCCUGAAGUGGUUCUCUGCUCCAUCAGGUUUGUCAUCAUCCGUGCAGUCUCUGUCCCUGUCCAUCACUCCUGCACAGACAGCAGCAUGGAGGAAGCAGAUUUUUCAGCAGCUCAGUGAAAGGACAAAGCGGGAACUGGAGAAUUUCAGGCACUAUGAGCAGGCUAUUGAGCAGUCAGUGUGGGUUAAAACUGGAGCCUUGCAGUGGUGGAGGAACUGGAAGCCUCAUAAGUGGAUGGACGUUCGAGUGGCACUGGAGCAGUUCACUGGGAGCGAUGGGAUGCGUGAUAGCAUCCUGUUCAUCUACUACAUGUACCACGAGGAGAAAAAGUACAUCCACGUGUUCCUGAAUGAAGUGACCAUUAUAGUUGAAGUGCUGAAUGAAGCCAAGCACUCCUUUGCACUGUACACACCUGAGAGGACGAAGCAGCGAUGGCCAAUCCGCCUGGCAGCCGCAACAGAGCAAGAAAUGCACGACUGGCUGUCUCUGCUGAACAUGUCUUGCUGUGAAAGCAGACGGAUCCAAGGCCCUCCUUCUCACCAUGCCAUUUGGUCAGUUACUUGUAAAGGAGACAUCUUUGUUAGUGAGCCAAGUCCUGAGCUGGAGGCCGGACCCCAGCUGAUGCCGUGUGAUCAAAUGUUCUGGCGGCAGGUGGGAGGGCACCUGCGGCUGAUCGAGAGCAACAGCCGGGGCGUGGUGUGGGGCGUGGGCUACGACCACACAGCCUGGGUUUACACCGGAGGAUAUGGAGGUGGCUUCAUCCAAGGGCUGGCCAGCAGUGCUGAUAACAUUUAUACACAGUCAGAUGUGAAAUGUGUUUACAUCUAUGAGAACCAACGGUGGAACCCUGUCACUGGAUACAGCAGCAGAGGUCUGCCCACUGACAGAUACAUGUGGAGUGAUGCCUCUGGCCUGCAGGAAUGCACAAAGACCAACACCAAGCCUCCAUCUCCACAGUGGUCCUGGGUCUCGGAUUGGUACAUCGACUUCAGCGCGGCGGGCGGCACGGACCGGGAGGGCUGGCAGUACGCAGCUGACUUCCCAGCGUCCUACCAUGGCCACAAGACAAUGAAAGACUUUGUCCGACGGAGGCGCUGGGCAAGAAAAUGUAAGAUAGUCACCAACGGGCCAUGGCUGGAAGUGCCUCCUGUUACCCUGUGGGACAUCUCCAUAAUUCCCAGUUCAGCUGCAGAUGAUGAAGAAGCAGUAGCACUGUGGGCAAUCAGUGACAAAGGAGACGUGCUCUGCAGGCUUGGAGUGACACAGCAAAAUCCAGCUGGAACAUCCUGGCUGCACGUGGGAACAGAUCAGCCCUUUAUUUCCAUCUCCAUUGGAGCAUUUUACCAAGUGUGGGCUAUUGCCAGAGAUGGUUCUGCCUUCUACCGGGGUUCAGUGUCUCCAAACAAACCUGCAGGUGACUGUUGGUACCACAUCCCUUCGCCCCAAAAACAGAAGUUAAAGCAAGUCUCAGUAGGACGAACAUCUGUGUUUGUCUUGGAUAAAAAUGGCAAUCUUUGGUACCGCCAGGGGAUCACACCCAGCUACCCUCAGGGAUCUACCUGGGAUCAUGUUUCAAAUAAUAUCCGGAAAAUGUCUGUAGGGCCCCUGGACCAGGUGUGGGUGAUCGCUGACAAAGUGCAGGGCAGCCACAGUCUGAGCUGUGGCACCGUCUGCCACCGCACCGGUGUGCAGCCCCUGGAACCCAAAGGCCUCUCCUGGGAUUAUGGAAUUGGGGGUGGGUGGGAGCACAUUACAGUCCGAGGAAAUGCAACAGAAGCAUCCCGGGCUGCUGUGCCUGACACUGCCGAGGAAAACCCAGCAGCAUCAAAGGAGGGAGAAGAGGAGGAGAGUAAAGGGAAAACAGAACACUCCAAGACCCCUCUGAUGGUCAGUGAAACUCAAGAAUUGGACAGAAAUUCUGUCAACUGUUAAACUGUUGCCAUCUACGUGUUGCUAACAAGCAGUAGGCAAUAGUUUAAAAAGAAAUGUGUCUCCUGCUUGGAGAGAAAAACAUGACAUUUUUGUGCUACUAAUAUGUUUGACCUAACUGGACUUUGCAAUGGGGUAUUUUAAGUACUGAAUCCUUCUAAUGCAUCUUGUGUAAACGUGACUUGAUAGAGUCCAUAGUUUUGUCAAAGCAGGCAAGGUUUUUAACCACAAUGUGUUUCUGACCCUUUACCACAGCUGCUACACACCAUACAAAUGUGAAUAUCUGCGUUGAUGAUCGCUGCAUUUACUUUUUUUUUAUGCUCCCUCCAUUUCUCUCAUAUUCACACAUCUUGCACACUGUCCUUGAGAUUCAUCUUUGAGCACAGAUGAAGGUGUUUCAAUUUGAAUGCAUUGCAGGCAAACACAGCUGGUCCUGUUUGUAGAGGCCCUUACCCACGCACAGAGCUCUGCUCACAGGAGGGCUCCGUGUGUAAGGACGGACUUGGGUCAGGCUGUUCUUGCUCCCAUCAGCAAAAUCAAAUUCAGUACAGCUCUGCUUAGGCUGCAGUUACCAGGAAGGGCCGAUUUUUGCUGUCUUUGCUCACAGUGAGCAAUGUGUUCAUCAGGCAGCAGAAGCCCUGGUUUCAGGGAGCCACUGGAGUUCUGCUCAGUCGGGCUCCGCGAUGUCUCACUCUGAACUGGCACUGCAAGUGCUGGAAAAUCACAUUCUGUCUUCAGCUGAACUGUAGCUGGGAUCACUGAGGUACAGAUGCCUGCCUAAGGAGGCUGGAAGGCACCAGGCUCUGGAGGCUGUGCUCCAGAGCAUUACAAAUUAUGCUUUCAUACUGCAGAAGUCAAGGGAAGGUCUUAAACUCUGACUUUACAGUGGUAGGAAUGCUAAAUAACUUUACUGAUAGCAGUGGAGUUUGCAGUGUACUCUGAUGGCGGUUCAGAAUGAAGCUCUGCUCUUCAUUUUGUGUGAUUUAUUAAUCCCUUUUUCAACAUGAAACCACUUUUUUUUCUCAAAAAAGCCUUUUAUUCCUGGCUUAUUUAUCGUAAUUGGCCAGUUUACAUUCAAUUCUCCUCUCUGUGUGACUGUAUACAAAGCUAUUUUUAUAUGAUGAGCAGUUUGGUGUGGUCUCAGUACUGUAUUUGUAGAAGUAAAACUUGUUUGCACGUAUUUAAGGAAUAUAUUUGGUAUUUAAUGCCAAUGAAAGCACUGUUUCCAAGUCCAAAUGUGAAUGAAGAUUGAAGAUGCUUUACUGAUAAAAAAGAACCUGUUGAUCUUUCCAGUAUGUCAUUAGAGAUUUCUGAUUUAUACAUACAUUGUGGGAGAACCAUAAAUAAUGUGUUGCAUUAAUUACUGUAAUAGGUUUUGCAUAACUUGCACAGUAUCUUGUCCAAAUAAAUAACUUUAUUACAUGUAUUUUUAGAGAAUUAUUAGGAUUGUAUUUUUCUCUGCAUUGUAUCAAGAUUUUUCCUUUUAAUAGUCAGUGUUUACAUCUCCAACAAUCAACCUGAUUGCAUACAAUAAGCUUUAUAAUGUACCUUUGCAUUUUUCCCUACAUUGCCAAGUUUCACUUACUUUACUGUACAAAGCUGGGUUUAAGUGAAAAAAAAAGAUAAGUUAUAAGUUGUUUAUGUUUGAGUACUAAGUAUUUGCCUUCUAAAACAUUAUUUAGAAAAGUAUUUAAUUUAAAAAUAUAAUGUCAUUGUU